AUGAACGGCAACCAUGAUGGCCGAGACCAAGGGCCCCUCUCGGGCCCGGUUGAUGCUCUCCACUGCGUCAACCCCCAAUGCGGGCGGCGCGUAGGGAUGCUGAGAGCCGAGAUCGACCGGCUCAACGUUGGGAUUCAAGCACUGGAAAUAGAGAAUCAAGCCAAAACAGUCGAGAACCGCCGGGCGGCGGAUGAGAACGAGAGGCUCAGAAGAAGAUUGGCUCGUAUUGGCAAGCACACUGAACUCCAAUACGCCAAGAUUCAUCGGCUGUGCUGCAAAGAAGAGAACAUGAGUAGCAGAAAGGAGCUGGUCCACCCGGAUCUCAAACUCAUGGGGCCCGACUGGAAGGGACAUGAUGAUUCCGACUCUGAGAGCGAUGUAUCCGAUGUGGAUAAUGGGGAAGCCUCUGAAGUCGCCUCCGAGGUUAACAGUACUCAGACACCCGAAGAGUUUCCGAGCGACGAAGACUUGGGCGAGAACAAGAGCGGCUUGAUGCACCGCUUCUUUUGGGGCAAGAGGGAGCUCAACUUAUCCCGGGACGGGGUAAAGCCCAACGACGUCCUCGGCAUCCUCACAGUCAGCAAACGCUUCUAUUUCCUCGGCGUCCACAUCUUCUACGGGCUCAACACCUUUGCUUUCUCCAGCCUGGGCGAGCUCGGAAGGUUCUGCCAAGGUUCCGGCCUUGCCCGUGUCGCCAGAUUCCAACACAUCGAGUUCUUUCUGACCGGCAACCAAUACCUCACUGCACCCCCGGACACGAGAAUGAAGGUGCCCUUCUCGCGCAGGUCCUUUCCCAUGUCCUGGCUAGCCGACAUGUACCGGCUGAAGACGCUCGUUAUUCACGUCAAUGAAACGGGCAAAAGUUAUAUCCGGCGCGGUUACGAGAACCCGCAGAUCAAGAAGUUCCUCGCCGCAAAGACAGCCGGACAGCCAAAUCAGAGGAUGUCCCGUUCCCUGCGGUGCAUCCAAGGCCUUGAUUACGUUUACCAGCUCCGCGGACUUGAGUGGAUUAGACUUUAUGAUUUCAACAAGGUGCUGCAAGCCGGGCGUAGCGUCCGCAAGUCUGUCCAAGACUGGUCCUUUGUCGAG